GGCCCCCACUAGGAGCACGCCAGUGCCGGGGUGGCGAGACGGGGACGCUCGCGCGGUCUCCACGGCGGACCCCUCGCCCGUGUCCGCGUUAAGCGCCCGAGCCGCCGUCCUGCCCGCCGUCCUCACCGCCACGCUCUCAAGUCGGUGGGCAAGACUCUGCCACUUCGUGCCCCCCAAGGUCUCGCAGUCAGUCAAAGACACCGCAGCCUCCCACCUUCAAAGCCGCCCGGGCCGACUGGAAGUUUGACGAGCACUUCGGAGCACCGCAAUUAACACGGGAGCGGUCAAGGAUGGCCGUCGGCGUGAAGGGCAGCGCAACUUUGCUGCGCUCUGGUUUCUUGCUGUCGCUCCUGGUGGUGCUGCUGCUGCUGCUGCGCGAUGCUACGUCUGCCUCCAGCAAGACCACGAGCAUCCCUCGCCUCAAGCUCACGUACAAAGACUUGCAGGCCUCCAACAGCUCCGUGACCCUGCGUGACCUCAACUCAAGUGACCACCGCACUCUACUGCUGGAUGAGGAACGGGGCCGCUUGUUUGUGGGUGGCCAGGAUGUCCUGUACUCCUUGGCGCUUGACAACAUCACCCGUGGACACACGAAGAUUUCUUGGCCGGCGUCGGAUGAGAAGAUGCUGGAAUGCCAGCUGGCUGGGAAGGACGUGACGAAGGACUGCGGGAACCACGUCCGCGUGCUGCACCAUUACAACCAGACGCACCUCUACACCUGCGGCACGGGUGCCUUCAACCCCGUCUGUGCCUUCCUGCGUGUUGGCCGCCGCUCCCAGGAUCAGCAGUUCAGCCUCGAGCGGCAUUCCCUGGAGAGUGGGCGAGGGAAAAGCCCCUAUGACCCCAACCAGCUGACCGCCUCUACUCUUGUAGGAGAGGAGCUGUACGCCGGUGUCACCUCGGACUUCAUGGGCCGUGAUUUCGCGAUCGUGCGCACGCUGGGCCGCAGGAUGCCCGUUCGCACGGAGCAGCACGACUCGCGCUGGCUGAGCGAGCCGAAGUUCAUCGCAGCGCACAGAGUUCCCGAGAGCAAUGGCUAUGAGGACGACGACAAGGUCUACUUUUUUUUCCGCGAAACGGCGAUGGAGUCGGAGCACCCAGGCAAGGCGGUGUACUCGCGCAUCGGGCAGGUGUGCCGGAACGACGUGGGAGGGCAGAAGAGCCUGAUCAACAAGUGGACGACGUUCCUCAAGGCGCGGCUGGUGUGCUCCGUGCCGGGCCCUGACGGCAUCGACACCUAUUUUGACGAACUGCAGGACGUGUACCUGCUGCAAACCAGGGAUGCGAAGAAUCCGGUGAUUUACACGAUCUUCACCACGACAAGCAGCGUGUUCAAGGGCUCGGCCGUGUGCAUGUACAGCAUGGCGGACGUCCGCCGCACCUUCCUGGGCCCGUUUGCUCACAAGGAGGGCCCCAGUCACAAGUGGGUGGCGUACCAGGGCCGCGUGCCCUACCCGCGCCCUGGCACCUGCCCGAGUCGCAUAUUCGGGGGGUUUGAGUCGACGAGGGCCUUCCCGGACGAGGUGGUCAGCUUCGUGAAGAGCCACCCGCUGAUGCUGCACCCGGUGCGGCCCGCGGCACAGCGGCCGCUGCUGCUGCAGACCGACGUGGGGUACCGCUUCACGCAGAUCGUCGUGGACCGCGUGGAGGCCGACGACGGCCACUACGACGUCAUGUUCAUCGCCACCGACGUGGGCACAGUGCUCAAGGUGGUGUCUGUGCCACGUCAGACCUGGCAGGACUUGGAGGAGGUUCUGCUUGAGGAGAUACAGGUCUUCAAGGAACCUGAACCCAUCUUGAGCAUGGAAAUCUCAUCAAAGCUGCAAUACCUCUACAUCGGCUCGAGCGGCGGGCUCACGCAGCUGGCGCUGCACCGCUGCGGGGUGUACGGCGAGGCGUGCGCCGAGUGCUGCCUCGCCCGGGACCCCUACUGCGCCUGGGACGGCGCCUCCUGCACGCGAUACUUUCCCAGCUCGCGCAGCAGGAGGUCACGGCGGCAGGACGUUCGCAACGGAGACCCCCUCACCCAGUGCUCCGACCAGUACUACUCACUGGCUGGGGAUGCAGAGAGCAUGGAGGAGCAGCUGGUGUACGGAGUGGAGAACAGCAGCCUGCUGCUGGAGUGCCUCCCCAAGUCCCAGCAAGCGCAUGUCUCCUGGCUCCUUGGCAAGCUCAGCGGCCAGUCCGCCAAGAACGAGGUGACGCUGGACGACCGCGUGGCGAAGACGGCCCACGGGCUGCUCUUCCGCGGCACGCUGCGCGGGGACACGGGAUCCUACCUGUGCCGCGCCUCGGAGCACGGCUUCGCGCAGACCCUGCGGCGCUUCCGCCUCGAGGUGAUCGACGCCGCGCAGCUCGAAGAGCUCCUGCAGAAGGAGGACGAGGCCAUGUCCAGGGCCAGGAUCGCGCAGGCGACGGAGGGCUCCGGCCCCUCGCCGCCGCCGCCGCCGCCGCCGUCCUUGCCGGGCGCCGCCCCGCAGGGCCAGCUCUGGUACCGCGACUUCAUGCAGCUCAUCAACCACCCGACGCUGGGCGGCGUCGAUGACUUCUGCGAGCAGGUGUGGCAUCGCGAGCGGCGGCACCACCGCGGCCGGCAGGGCAAGGGACGGCACCACGGAGGCUUCGGCCACGCAAAGUGGAAGCACCUCCAGGACGGCAAGAAGGGACGCAGCCGUCGCACGCACGAGCCCGAGAGGUCGCCGCGGAGCGUGCGCCCCUGACUGUGACGGACGCGUCACGUGACGCGUGGCGCGGCGUGGCUUCUCACCUGCAAACCCCAUGCUGUGAAACGCUGGGUUAUCUUUUUUUUUUGAUCAUCAUCGUCGUUGAUUUGUCAUCGCCUUUUCAAAAAGACUUUCUCCUCGUCUCUUGUGCAAGCGGUAUCUCCAUUAAGCUCGUGUACAUUAAAGCAAAUAUAUAUAUUAAACCGUCGUUUAAAUGUUCCAAAAAAAAAAAAGGCAUGUGGGGUGGGAAUUUGUUCUCGGCUAA